GUGAAUGGGAAGAGCGAGCGCUAGGAUCCCAGCGCUAAAGACAAGGCUCCUCAAGGAGCGAGCUGCAAAGGGAAAGUCACUGCCACGGAGGAGAAGCAAAAAGGAGCCUGCCGCGAGCUCAGCCUCGAGGAGGCGAAACCUCCGGCGGCUGGGGGAAGCUUUGCAAAGGGAGAGAAGGGCAAAGAGUUUGCAGAACAAAGAGCGGGUCAUCCUCGUUUGCAGAGCCGGGGGAGCGAGCCCAGCCUUCCUCCCCCUCCGCUCCAUGAGAGGCAAGCGGGAGCCCUGCAAGGGACCAGAGGGGAGAGGUUUGCAGCAGAGGUAGCCCGGGACAUGCAGCAUCCGGGAGGAGAGAAGCGACUGGCUGAGCCCGAGAGGUGGAAACAUUUGGAGGGAAACAGAGGAAAGUUUUGUAUUGUCAGCAGUAGCCGCCUCCAGUUUGGGGCUGGGGAGGCCGCGGCCGCAGCGCGAAUCCGAGCGCGUGGAGCCGUCUGAUGCUGCGCCACUUUGAUCUGCGAGGAGAGACUUUAUUUGUCCUGAUGUAAAAGGAGCAUUUUCCCAGCUAAAGAAGAAAAACGGGGGGAGCCUCUGCCUUGGGAAAAACGAGCGCUGGAACUGCCUGAGGAAAAUCACCAGCCCAAGUGACUCAAGGGGGUGGGGGGGGGGAGAGGAGGAAAAGAAAUCAGAUUGCAAAAAGGAUUAGAAAAGGGGGUGGGGGAGGUGAAGCCCUCUCCUUUCUUCUUUCCCCCUGCAAAUCUUUUCAGAGUUAUCCUUCAGCAUCAGUGGCCCAGGCACCGGAGCCCAGGAAGGGCAGCUAAAUCCAAACGUGAUCAGCAAACUGCAAGAGAGAUCAGAGGGCCAGACCCCCCCCCCCCCGGCCAGAGGAGAGUCCCCCGGAAGCCAGGGCACUGUCAGUAAUCUUUCUCUCACACUCUGAGCGGCUCUGGGCCCUGCCAGGGACACAACAAUACAGGAGCAGAAGGCUGGAAAGAGUUUUCAUCUGCAAUUUUUGAUCCUCCCUCUCCUAUUCCUUCAGGGACUGAUUUUGUAAUAUUAGCAGCCUGGAUUAGUAGGGGGUGUGUGUGCCUGGCUGCUUGCCUUGUCUGUGAGUGGAGAGUUGGGUUAGUGGGGAGGGCGAAGGAAGAGAUGUCUGGGAUCAGAGGGAAAGUUGUGCUUAUCCUAGGCUUCGUCUUUCUGACAACUCUUCUGGCGGUGGUGAGAGGGCUUCCCCUGAGGAAACAACGCACCAGCAGCCCCAGGGAGCAGGGUCACAAGCUGAUGGAGGUCUCCACUUCAUCUGACACCCAUUUGACGCAGGAAGAGGAGAUGCCACAGUCCAACAAGGUUCGGAGCCUGAGGCGAAGCGGACAGGCUGGGACUCGCCGGCACAAACGCCGAUGGUCAUCCCCACGGGCUGCGAGGAACCAGCCAGUGCCACUCUGGCCUGGUGGCGCUAGCAAGGAGGAGAGCACACCCUUUGUGCUGGACUUACAGAACCUGCCAGGGCUGGCCAACAUUGACCUGAGUGCCCAGAAUCCAAACAUACAGGUAACCAUUGAGGUGGUGGAUGAUCCCCAGGCUGAGAUAGAGAUGGAUUUGCUGAAGGAGACCAGCAAUGACUGGUCCCUGACCUCUUCCGAGUGGUUGUCACACAAGGACCUUUUCUGGCCCCUCUUCUGGGAGUACAUGGAUCCCACUGAGGAAGAGGAGGAUGAUGAGGAUGACAGCCUGGACAGAGGGGAGGAGGAGGAAGAUUAUACAACAGAGUAUGAGGAAGAGGAGGAGACAGUGCUGAGCGGAGUGGGAGGCAACUGGGACCAGAGGUGGCCGAGUCAGAAGAAUUGGAUCUUCAAGGAAAAAUAUAAUUAUGACUAUGAAGAUGAAGAGGAGUGGAGCUCUUGGUCCCCCUGCAGUGUGACCUGUGGUAGCGGGAACCAGAAGAGAACUCGGUCCUGUGGCUACGCCUGCACAGCCACCGAGUCGAGAACCUGCGACCUGCAUCGCUGCCCUGGAGCCGAUGGGGAGAUGGUCUUCACCACUGACGAGACGCCAUUUGAGGGUGAGAACACCACGGAGAUGUUCAACUCAGAUGUGGACAGCUGUGAGAAGUGGCUGAACUGCAAGAGUGACUUCCUCACCAAGUAUCUGAGCAAGGUGCUGACGGAUUUGCCCAGCUGCCCCUGCUCCUACCCAUUAGAGGCUGUUUACAGUGCUGUGAAUCUGCAGGACAAGCACCAGGGCAAGAACUUCCGCUGGCGGGAUGCCAGCGGGCCCAAGGAGCGGCUGGACAUCUACAAGCCUACGGCCCGCUUCUGCCUGCGGUCCAUGCUCUCCUUGGACAGCACCACACUGGCCGCCCAGCACUGCUGCUAUGACGAGCACACAAAGCUUAUCACCCGAGGUAAGGGGGCCGGAGCCCCCAACCUCAUCAGCACGGAGUUCUCCCCGGAGCUGCACUACAAGGUGGACAUGCUGCCUUGGAUUCUGUGCAAGGGAGACUGGAGCCGGUACCAUGCUGUUCGGCCCCCCAACAAUGGGCAGCAGUGUGCUGAUAACCCCACUGAGGAGGAGUACCUCUCCCAGCUGCAGGAGGCCAAGGAGUACUAGCAGAGCUCGGCUGAGUGAUGGGAGAGCAGGAUGUGGCAGGUCUACCAUGUAACACCCCAGAAGCACCAGGCAGCCUGUCUCUCUCUCCACCGCAGUGAGGGCCUGCAGGCCACAGAGGCUCUGGAGUCAUCCCCUGCUUGUCACUCCCUUGGAAACAAAGCAGUCCGGGGGAGAGGCGGAGCCCUUGGCCCUACACGCAAGUUCCCUGUUGGUGCCAACCACAGGGAUUGGUUUUUAAUCUGUCUUUUCACGGAGGCAUCCCAGUUCCUUUCCAGCUUCCAAGGGGCCCAGGUGAUCCUUGCUGCAUGAUUGGCCCCAGGGUGCUCUUCUCACCCCAGCUACUUCUCUGUGGAUAGCACAGGAUCCAUGCGAGUGACAGCUAGAGGCAAUGGAAGGCAGCGGCCUCUGAGGGUGGGGGUGUAUAAAGGGAAACGAUGCUGCUCCUGUUACUUUUCUAUGAAGUGUUAAUUGCAAUCUCAUAAGGAGCUCAGGGGCUUAUGGUGAAACAUUCUUGGCUUCUAUUUGCUUCAUGUUGCAGCUAUGAUGGUGGAGUUUAAUACACCAACCAAGACUUGCUGUUAAGGCAAAGAGUUAGCAGCUUUGUCAGAGACAUCCAACCAGGCAACUGUAUAAAUGCCUGCCUCGUCGGGUACUGGGUCUCCUCUAAAACCUGGGGAUAGAUCCUCCCAGGAGAGUCUCCUAGUGAUGAGUAUGGGGUGGGAUCUCCCCUGGAUCUUACUUUCAGACUUGGAAAGAAAGAGACUGGGAAAGACCCACGUGGUGUUCCCUGGGCUCUUGUGGCUGGGGGAUGGGGUAGUGGUGUGAAAACAUGCCCUCUUCACAGAGUUAUUGAGAAUAAUAAGGCACACCUGCUGCCAGGGCCAGGGGCAAAUAGGGACAAACAAGAUCUGAUCUCCACCCAGAGGGGAAGGAAAAGGAAAUGAUCCAAUGUCUGUGUUUAACACCUUGUCCUCACUUCAAAGGGAAUGUGCUGGGGGGAUUGGUAGAAGUCACAUUAGCAGCCCAUAUGUACACCUGGCUCUCUCUGGCAAGCCAGUGUUGCAGUGUUGAGGAGUGUCCUUCCAUAAGAUAGAUCAGCAGUUCCCACCCACUCUCUUUCCACAGCCUUUCCCUGGCUCUGCAGAGUGCGGGAGGCAGCCCUGCUGUUUGUGUCCUCACAAAGACAUUCAGAAAGCACCCAAGUCAGAGGAAUCUCUCUGCAAGCCCAGACUCUGCCAGGGUGACCAGCUGUGACCAGGGCUUUUCCCUCUGGGACUGGCCAGUGGUUUUGACACUGUAAGACCACGUGGGGAUGGGAGCUAGACUCCCACAUGUGGAUGCUUGCACCGUUGCUGGGUUUCGCUCUUUGAGAGGCUGCGGCCAUAGCCAGUGCAUCUGCAUUGUGCGCCCCGCACCCCACACACACCCUACGGGAGAGCGAGUGUGAUGGAUUAGGCCACUCCCUGCAGCUUGGCAUCCGGUAUAACAGAUUGGCAUCUGCUCUGUUUCUCUCUGGGCACCUUCAAAACCAGGUCCUCUCUUCCUCUCUCUCUGCUGUCCCCAGUAUUCUGCUAGUCCAGUCCCCUGCAUUCCUGCCUGCCCAGCCAUCUCCCCAGCUUUAUCCCUCUCGUCUAGCAGCAAUAGGGAGUGGAGAGUGUCUGGAAGAGCAGCAACUGCUGAGAGGGAGGCGCUGGUGUCCUGAAUAGUCAUUCCCCAGCCUUGCCCUCAGCAUGUCUUCAUUUCCAGGCUCUUGAGAUAUGGUCAUUGACUCCAGUCCAAGGCUCCCAUCCUACUGGGGUGAGAAGCAACACAGGACCCAGCCAAAGGUGCAUGCUUCACCCUCCUGUCACCUCGAUUAAGAACUCCCCAACCAGGGCCCACAAGUCUCUCAUGGACCUGUCUGCUGCUGAGGAUGCUCUCUUGUGGCUGAAGCCCGUCCUGUGGCCAGUUCCUGUGGAUUAUUUGAGGGAGCUGAGGUCUGACCCAUCCCCUUAAGGGUGCUUUGCCCACUGCUGACUGACAAGUGCAUGGUGUGCUGGAUCACAGUGUGGCAAUAGCGACAUCUAAUGGCCACCUAGAGAAAUGGCAAAUGUCACCUUACUACAGGUGUGGGGUCCAAAUAGAUGAUGGAAAUAAACCACUCACCACUGUGGGGCAGAAAUGUCACUUCCUUCCCAAAUGGUAUCUUCUGCCCAACCCCCUGAAAUGAGGCAGCCCAGCCCCACCUCAUCAGGGAACCAGCAGGUAUGUCCCUCUGCUUCAGGCACACUGCUCUGCCUAGGCAUCCUCUGUCCAUGAGCCCUGCGGCUCGUGAGUCCUGUUUCAAUCCAUUCCUGCCCAGGAUCUACUGUAGGAGUGAGUAUAGUUGGGUGAACCACACACCAGUAGGUCCCAAGAACUGUGCCACUCACCUCCUUAAAACUAUAUAAAAAAUACACUGACACAAAUUGUACAAGGUAACAUUAGGGACAAAAAGAAUGAGGAGUACUCAUGUAUUUGAGCAUAAGCUUUUGUGAGCUAAAACCCACUUCAUUGGAUGCAUGCAGUGGAAAAUACAGUAGGAAUAUAUAUAUGUAUAUAUAUAUAUAUAUAUAUACACACAGAGAACAUGAAAAAAUGGGUGUUGCCAUACUAACUAUAACGAGAGUAAUCAAGAUGAGCUAUUAUCAGCAGAAGGAAAAAAAAAACUUCUGUAGUGAUAAUCAGGAUGAUCUUGCAAUAAUCAGGAUGGAAAUGGGCCAUCCUGAUUAUCACUACAAAAGUUUUUUUUCCUCCUGCUUUAUUGAUUACUCUCAUUACAAUUGGAUGGCAACACCCAUUUUUUCAUGUUCUCUGUGUAUAUAUAUCCUCCUACUAUAUUUUCCACUGCACACAUCCGAUGAAGUGGGUUUUAGCCCACGAAAGCUUAUUUCAAAUGAAUUUGUUAGUCUCCAAGGUGCCACAAGUACUCCUCGUUCUUUUUGCUGAUACAGACUAACAUGGCUACCGCUCUGAAACCUAUCAGGGACAAAGUGAGAUGUUCAUCUCCUAUGACAAAGGAACAGUGUCAAGUGAUUUAAUCCCCAAAUCUGACACAAGUAGCUGGGGAGGAAAGACCUCCAAAUGCUCAGUGCCUUGUUUUCUCCAUCCAUCAUACCCCCCACUGCCGAGAAUUGAAGCAACUCUGUUUUCCUGACCCUAAAGCUGUCACAGAGAGUCUACCCAGUUGGAGUGCAGGGUAAUUACUUGCCCUACAUCCAGAGCUGUGUCAUUUCCACUGGUGGCAAUCAGACAGUAAGAUGGAAGUGCAAGGAGGCAGAGCUGGCUUGUCCAAAUUCAGCUGGCUGCAGGUCAGGGAGAACUGGGAUUUGACUAAUGCAAAAUGGAUACGAAGUAGGAGGAAACGCACAGAAUAAUAACUGUUUCUUUAGCUCAUAGAGUCUGCUGAUACUCAUUGACCCCCAUUGGAUGGGUGCCAUACUAAUGCUUAUCUUAGGUGUCUCCACAAUGCCUACUCACAUGACUCGGUGCUUUGCCCUGGUUUUCCAGCUCUCCCCAGGUCCAUGUUGGCCUAUGGUAGCUUCCAGCACCUUUUGGGGUUGACCCCAACAUUCCCAUGGUUUUGACCAAGAGCCUAGACUCAAAUAUCUUUUCUGCAGCCUCCGUCGGGGUCUUUAUUUCUGGGCACCCAUCAGCUUAACCUAACAGGCAGCAGUUGAGACCCUCCUGAAUAAAGCAACAUUUUUCUAGCAGAGGAAAUAAAGAGAAAAUCAAGGGAAUAUGACAAAGAAUAGGAUCAUGGCUACACUAAGAUUCCAACAAGCACAGCCACUUAAUCAGACUUUGCUGCAGAAUAUCGAUCAGACAGGAUAAAACCCGUCCUUGGCAGAAGGUCUGUAUAACUGAUCACUGUGCAUUGUUUCUGUCAGUGUCCCAGUAUCAUUCUCCAGGGUCAAGGAGCACCCAGUCUGUCUUUUUCUGACCCUUCUUGUAAUUGUUGAGCCUUUCACUUCUGGACCAUUGUGUUCAGGUCAUCAGUCACCAUCUGGGACGCUGUCACUAGUGAAACACAAACGAGUGGAUUUGCCAAGCUGCCACAUAUUGGAUUAUUAUUGUUUAAUAAUUAUAGUUCCUUGAUACCCACAGACCCCAAUUAGCAUGGGAGCCCCAUUGUGAUGAGCACACUGUAGACGUAUAUCCAGACCUGCCCCAGAGAACGUACAGUCUACGCUGACAAGUGACAUAUGAAAGGUGGGACGAGAGCUAGAGACAAAAAGACAUUAAUGGUAGAUAAAUUAAGGGCCAGCUAUAUUCCCCCUGUCCUUUAAACCAUCGCUUUUUGGCUGGUCUCUUAUUGACUUUGUGACAGAAGUGGGUCAUAAGGAGGUGAGGGCAAUGGUCGAUGGAUCAGUUCUGGGAGAGCAUUAUGUGUGUAAGGGGCAGGAUGGAAGAAGACAUUUGUAUGUGAAGCAUAUGAGUGGGCAGGUGAGGUUAUCAAUCACUGGUGGAAGGAGAAGUGCGUAAUCCCUUGUCAUUCACCAGUCUCUCUUAUUGCCUCUUGCACAUCAAAUGCCAUUGGGCCACUUCAGAGGACUCUUGAUCUAAUGCAACUGGAGGAAUCUUUUUAGCGUCAGUACACAGUCUAUAUGCUUCUUUAAAAAAUGUCCUUUUGAACCUUGCUACCUUUCAAAAAGGUACACACCCUCCUACUCAGGGUCUUCGCAUACAUCCCUUCUGAGAUGAGGACUUCAGGAUGUUAUCCAGCUUCUUCCCUAGGCUAAGAUGCCACUGAGUAAGUGACCUCCUUAUAGUAAGGUCUGUUGCGUGUUAAUAACAUCCUUACUCAUGGUUAGUCUGAAUUUAUCAACCUGCAUAACGCCAGAAAUGAUGCUAUAAUUCCUGUAACACAUUCAGUUCCUAUCAGGGGGCUAGUGGGAACUUUCACAGAAAGGGAUUGCUGUUGAAACCUCCUGGGAUGCUGAGUGGCUAUUCUGCCUCCCUGGCUGGGGAAUUCAGGAAACAUAGACAUGAAUGGAAAUAUGAGGGGCAAGAAGCAGUGCUGCUCCUCACACAAGCACCUUACCCACCCAGGAAGCUUUAUUGAGCUGUGCUAGGAAGACCAGACGUUUGGGCAAAGGUUUAUUUUUAUAUCCCAGUAAACAGAUUCUGUCAAGCCACAAUUAUUAGAGUUCUUUGUCUCCACCUCCCCUAAUUAUAUUUUUUAUAUAUAUAAUAUAUAUAUAUUUCUUUUAUGCCUACCAAAUUGCGUAAAGGGGGAUUCUCCUGCAUUCUGACUUGCAAUAAAGCACUUUAUUUAAAAUGUAUGAGUCGAUACCGAUAUUGUUCAGUUGUGUUAAGUUGUAUAUUGCUGGGUGGGUUAGUUAUAUUUUAAACAGAAAUGGUGUUGAAUGCUGCGUAGUUGGGUCCCUGUUCAUAGCUCGAUUGUAAGGAGCCAGACAAAUUUGCUGACUUUCUUCUCUCUAUUGUUUGUGUUUGAUAGGGAUGGGCGAACCUCAAAUAGCUCAGAGCCGAGAUACAACUACAUGGUUCAAAUGCUGCUGUGAACCUUGCAGGCUGCAAAUUCCAGGUGCUCACUCUCUCCUGGAGGAAGCCCACAGCAGCCUUUCCUGUGGUAUUUUGGCACUCCUGUGCCCAGCAGAAACGGGAGAGAAGAGGGUAUAGAAACCAGGAUGCCUUUAGUUGCUUUCCAAAUAUGACUGGAAUUUUCAAAACUCAAAGGCUUGUGUUGGGAGGGGCAGGGGAGGAAGGGUCAAGGCAGGUUUUCCCUUUGAGCCGGUUCGUCCAUCUCUAGCAUAGUAAUGUUUGGUCUCUCCCUUGUACAGUAUUUAUUGUUUGUGUUGGUCGCAGUCGCUUAAGAAACGGGAAAGUAUUGCUGGUGAAUGGGGCUGAGCUGUGUUGUGUAUCUGAACUGAGCGCAGAGGCUUUAUCGAAAGAGAAGAGAGAGUGCAGACGUCUCUUACCAAUAAAAUUUAUUGUUAUUACACGGCAAGCUUGUU